UUUGAAUAGAAAAACAUACUAUACAAUAUGUCGCUCGUGAAGGUUGAUGUUGGUUCACCGGAAGAGACAGUGACAUUAGUGGAUUAUGGAAAUGGGAUCCUGGGACCGACGUUUAUCAAGCCCGCCCCUCUCAUGAAGGAAAUCUUUGACAGCUUGCCAAGCUACUCUUUCCGGGAGGACGAUGUUAUGCUGUGUACUUUUCCAAAAACAGGGACAAACUGGCUGUAUGAGAUCCUGUCCAUGAUUUAUUCGAAAAGUACAGAGCGCGUCAAGACGUCAAAGGGAAUGACAAUGAUGGAGUUUAUGACACAGGAAGAAAUGGACAGAUUCCCCUCGCCAAGAAUAAUAAACAGCCACUGCCCUUUGAAAUUCCUUCCCAAGGCAGACAUGCAAGCCAAGCAAAUCAAGACGAUUCUUUGCGUGCGCAACCCAAAAGACACGACCGUAUCUAUGUACAAUCAUUUGAAGGGCAUGAAUAUGUUCGAGUAUAAUGGGACUUGGGCCAACUUUGUGACGCAUUUCAGGGACACAAAACUUUGUUACGGUGAAAGUUAUGCUGAGUACCUGAAUGAAUUUGAAAAACUCCUGAAGGUGACCCAGGCUUCCCUCUUCACUUGGUCUACUUUGAAGACUGAUGGCCUGAAAGAGCUCGACCGACUCCUCGAGUUUCUCGGAGUAGAUUUAGAUGACAAUCUGAAGAUCGAGAUCAUACAGCAGUGUGGGUUCGAAAAAAUGAAAGAAGAAAAACGUCUGACGGUUGAAAAAGCUUCUGGUGGUCCGCCUGCUUCAAAACUAAUGUUUAAAGAGGGAUUCAAUUUCUUCAGAAAAGGAAUGGUUGGUGACUGGAAGAACUGGUUUACUGUGGCCCAGAAUGAAGCAUUCAAUCAGCAGUGGACAUCACAAAUUAAUGCAGACUCUGUGUUCAAGUUCAAAUAUUCAUUGUAGAAUGAAACAGAAUGACAUUAAAUCUCUUUAUUUUUUAUUUAAUUUUAAUAUUAAGAAUUGUUCUUAGAAGUCCUUCUAUUGGCGUUGCUCUGCAACGUCGCUAGAAUAGUUAAGCAAUGAUGACUUUAAUCAAAUUUGUGUUUCAUUGGUAUUUCUUUAUUAGUCGGCGCUAUAAGAACCACAUUUUUUAAUAUUGUCCAUAUUGUAGCUUUAACUUAGGGGCCAGUUCAUAAUUUGCAGUAGAAUGCUUUUGAUAUUUUCCAUGUUGCACGAUAAAAGGUGAAGUACAGCAUGUUUAAAUAAAUGACAAUGUAUACUUUAAUCGAUAAUGGUUUCUUCAGUUACAGCGACCCUGAACAUAUUUUUUUUAAAUAUUGAUUUUAAUUUCCUUAUCCCUUAGAUAGAUGAAGGUUACUAUAACAAUUUCAUGUAUCUUUCUGAAUCUCCUACGCAGUAACCUCCCUUGGUGAGCAGCGGUAAAAGGAGUUUUUGAAAAACUAACAUAUUAAGCUUAAUUGUUUUGCAAAUGUCAUUCAAAAGAAUAAAUUCCAGAU